AUGAUCCAGAGCAUCGUCAUUUGCAUCGCUGUGAUAGUAACAGUUCCUGUUUUAUCAUCAACAAAUGCAGAUGAAGACACACUUAAUUCUCUCCCGCAUGUCAUUCGACAACCAUCCUCACCUCUGGUUAGGGUUCUGAAUGUUUCGUCUACAGCGGGUCUACAAGAAGAAGCCAUUGCCAAUGCCUCUUCCACUCUUUCCAACACAAGUUUGACUGACAUUGAGAAUGACAACAUCACACACUCUUUGCAAAUGAGAUAUCGCGAAAGGAAAAAGCAGGAGCGUAUAAUAGUCAUCCAAGCCCAGAUACUGCACAGGCUUCGAAUGGAUCGUCAGCCAAACAUUUCCAAUCCUAUCUUUUCCGAAGAUGAACAGAAGAAAAUUGCCAUGAUUCUAGAGCGGAUGCAUCAUAUCAACAACAACCACGCUCAACAAAUGGAUGCUCAACCAGGAAUUGUGGAUCCUCUGCUGGCCAUGCGCAGAAUGCAGAGUUUUUACCCCUCGUGCAAUUUACCUAACAGUACAGACAGAUCACUCUUCGAAUCUUCUAGUACAUUCCGAAUCUACUACAACCUUCCGUUCAACAGACAUUUAUCGGCUGAGAUAUCUGUGGUACAAGCCAAACUGAGAUUGUUUAAGCUGACUGCAGCAAACGGCAUCAACGUGAAUGUUUACCAGUAUUUGAAGCCUGUUCGGUUAAAUAAGAAAGAAAAAAAGCGACUCGUGGAUUCAAGAACUCUUUCUUUGGAUCAACAAGGUUGGGUGGAAUUCAACGUAAUUGGAUCGCUGAACUACUGGCUACACCACAGUAACAAAAACUUUGGAUUUGGAAUUGAAGUAGAAGAUGCUUUUGGAAAUAAACUCAAUCCAAACUUGUAUUUUCAAAACAUGAACUGCUCUACUGAACCACAAAUAUUGAUUUUUUUUUCUCCCCCAACAGCCCAAGAAUCACCGUUUCCGAACAUAUUAGAACUUGACCCGGAAAUGGGAGAGAAUGAAUCCUCACUCUUCGAUAAUGAGACAUAUCCCACCUUAGACUUGCAGACGGCUGAAAUGCCCAGAGAGUUUUCUGAAUUUGAAGCUCUGACAGACCGUUUCAAUGAACGAAUCAUCAGAAAAAGGUCGAGUCGACGUGACGAAAAAACCCUUUGCCGGUCAGAAAAAGUUUACGUAUCCUUUGCAGAUUUGGGACUAGAUGAGUUUAUUGUGUUUCCUCAAGGAGUGCUUUGGACAUUUUGCGAUGGAAAAUGCGAAGGUGAAGCAAAAUCCAACGAGGCAUCGCCAUCUUACUAUCCAACAUGGCUUCAAAGACUCCUUAGAUUAAACAAAAACCAUUCAAACUCCAGUUGCAUUGUAAUAUCAAGAGAAUCACUACCAAUCGUUAUGUACGAUGGCGACAGACAAAUGUUCGAAACAGUCAUUGAAGACAUUGUUCCAACGAGUUGUGGCUGCAAGGCAACGUAGUGAAAUACUGCGAAAAAAAUGGACAUUUUUGCGACAUUAGGAGGGGAACAACCAAACACUUGUAACGCUUUGCUGAUCGACUCCAACUGUCUACCUCAUCAUGCUAAUUCACCCGAGCCAUCAUGUUUUUAAACGAAGGAUCACUCAUCAAUAUUUUCGGUUUUACUUCACUUCAUUUGUUGUCAUUAGAUUUUUACAUUGAAAUUUUGUAAAUACAUGUCAUUUUAUAUUUAUUA